AAAAAAAAAGACGAAAUCCCGACGACCUACGACGAUUCGCCUCCCCAUCCGCGGUCUUCUCGCCAUCGCCUGAUUCCCUUGGCCGGGGACUACUCUUCAACCCAGUACCACAUCACAUAGUCGAUACCAGAGGUCAAUGUGCCCGCAAUGACUAUCUUCGUCGCUUCACUAUUUCUCCCGAAGACCAUCCACUUCAACCUCCCGGGCACUUCGCCCAGGGGCGCCCAACGACCGCGGCCCAAGCGGAUGGUCUCCACGGCUGAUGUUGGAACCGACCUUGGAACCUCCGCCAUCGAAAAGCCCAGCCUCUUCAGUCCGAUCCCGGACAUCACACCUCCCAAGACUCCCACCGAAGACGACGAGAAGGCCAUCUUCGCCAACGAAGAUGGCUUCGCCAUCCCCUUUUUCGACGACGAGAUUCGCCACGGUUCUCCGACCGACAAAGGCUCCCCCAAAUGGGGCGCCAUGGCCAACCAGCCGCUAUCCCGAGCCAGCUCGCCUCCUCCGGCCUUGCUCUCCGAGCACAGCCGGACGUUGGAAAAGGCGCGGGAGCUAGGGCGCCAGGGCAUCAAGCAGCCUCAGCCGCAGAUCCGAAGCGACAGUCAUGAUCGUGUCUUCGCCCACGCCAACUGGAGGGUGGUCAAUGCCGAUCAGGGCAAUGGCGGCUUGCGCAACGCUGCCGACGCGGCCGCCCGGGACGGCAAGAUCGAUGAUCACUUCUGGAUCGGCACCCUCGGCAUGCCCACCGACGCUCUCCAGGGUACACAGCAGAAGCAGGACAUCGAGGACCACCUCGCCACCGAGCACAACAUGCUGACCGUCUUCUGCUCGGACAAGGAUUUUGACGGCCACUACACACACUUCUGCAAACAGGUUCUGUGGCCUGUUUUCCACUACCAGAUCCCCGACAACCCCAAGAGCAAGGCCUUCGAGGACCACUCGUGGAAGUACUACGUCAACGUCAACCAGGCAUUCGCCGACAAGAUCGUCGCCAACUGGAAACGUGGCGAUUCCAUCUGGAUCCACGAUUAUCACCUCCUGCUCGUACCCUCCAUGGUCCGGAAGAAGCUACCCGAUGCCAAGAUUGGCUUUUUCCUCCACGUCGCCUUCCCGUCGUCGGAGGUUUUCCGCUGCCUCGCCAUCCGCAAGCAGCUGCUCGAAGGCAUGCUUGGUGCCAACUUGAUCGGAUUCCAAAUCCUGGAAUAUACGCGCCACUUCCUGCAGACGUGCAGCCGGCUUCUCGCCGUCGAGGCGGCGACCGACGGUCUCCAGCUCGAAGAUCGGUUCGUCGACGUCAUUUAUUUACCCAUCGGCAUCGACCCCGUCUACCUCAACGAGCGCCGGGGGGCGGCCAGCGUCCGAAACUGGAUCCAGACCAUUCGCGAGCGGUACAAGGGAAAGAGGUUGAUCGUGGCGCGCGACAAGCUCGACCACGUACGCGGCGUGCGUCAGAAGCUGCUGGCGUACGAGCUCUUCCUCAACAAGUACCCCCAGUGGCGCGACCAGACGGUGCUCAUCCAGGUCGCGCUGUCGAGCAGCGAGAAGAGCGACCUGGAUGCCACCGUCAGCGACAUUGUCACCCGGGUCAACUCGUCGUGGGCCAACCUGGCGUACCAGCCCGUCGUCUACCUGAAACAGGACAUCGAUUACCCGCAGUACCUCGCGCUCCUUGCCGUGGCCGAUGCUCUCAUGAUUACCAGCCAGCGUGAGGGCAUGAAUUUGACCUCGCACGAAUACCUCUACUGCCAGGAUGGCGCCGUCCUACCCGAGAAGAAGCACGGCUCCCUCAUCCUUUCCGAAUUUACCGGCACCUCGUCUCUGUUUGGCGGCGCCCAGCUCUCGAUCAACCCGUGGGAUUACCGGCAGUGUGCCGACGCGAUCAAGCAGGCGCUCGAGAUGGACGACGAAGAGAAGGAGAAGAGGUGGAAGCAGCUCUACGCUACCGUCAUCAACUACACGGGCUCGCACUGGUUCACCGAAUUCCUGUCGAAGCUGGACCACGUCUACGAGGGGCAGCACCGUCGGGACCAGACGUCGGUGCCCAGGCUCUCGGUUACCAACGUUGCCCGAACUUACUCGCAAAGCAAGAGACGGCUUUUCAUCCUCGACUACGAGGGUACUCUGGUCAGCUGGGGUCCCAUGAAUCAAAUUAUUCCCGUCAGCACGCAGCGCACCCUCGAUGUUCUCAACGACCUCCUCCUGGACGAGCGUAAUAUCAUCUACGUCAUGUCUGGGCGACGACCUGAGGAGUUGGACCGCGUCUUCCGCCGAGUACCCAACCUGGGACUUAUUGCGGAAAACGGCUGCUUCGUGAAGCAGUGCGGGCAGACGGCGUGGGGCGAGAUGGCGGACAGCGAGCAGAUCCGCAGCUGGAAAGAUUCGGUCAAGGGCAUCAUGACGUACUACCUCGAGCGGAUGCCGGGCGCGGUGCUGGAGGAGAGGCGAUGCAGCUUGAUCUUCCACUUCAAGGGCGCGGAAGACCUGGAGACGGCGGUGCGACUGGCGAGCGACUGCGCCAGCCACGUGAACGACGCGUGUGAGGCGCAGCGGGUGCACGCCAUCCCCAUGGACGGCUUCAUCCUGGUGGAGCCGAUCGACUGGACGAAGAGCACGGCGGCCAACCACAUCUUUGAGGACCUGCGUGCCAACGCCAGCGCGGAAUCGCCGUCGGAGGCGGAACACAACAAGGAUCCCAUCGACUUCCUCAUAGUGGUCGGCGACGGGCGGGAGGACGAGAAGGUGUUCAAGUGGGCCAACGGCCUGGGCGAGCAGGGCGCGAUCCGGGAUGUGGUGACGGUCAGCGUGGGCAAGAGGGGCAAUACAGAGGCCACCUCGACCAUGACGCAGGGUGUCAGUGGGGUUCUCUCUGUUCUGGAGAAGCUGGCCCUGUCCUAAGCGAUUUCUUUUUCCCUCCCUUUCUCUCUCUCUCUCUCUCUCUCUCUCUCUCUUUCGUUCUCACGGCCCGCGGGAGCGAGCAUCUCCAUAGGGAGCCGAACUUGAUUGCUUCUCAUGAGAUGAUUUCCCACCUCGCCCUGCAGUCAAGUUCGUUUCUGAUCCGCCAUCUCGCCACUCUUUACCCGACAUUUUUCUGAUUUUUAUUUUUUAUUCUCUUGUUAUUUCGGAUUCUGGAGUCUUAUCUAGGUGUAGUAUGGCAAACCAAAAAAUGGGGUAUGGGAAACACAUGAAGGAAAACAGGUCUCUGAUUCCAUUCAUUUUGGGCAGGUUUCACAAGGCGUUUGGCACGAGACUGGGAUG